GGAAAGUUUCAGCGCUUGGGACGCUCGGGAGCGCGCACCAUCGCUCCUCCGCUGGCCCCGCCCCCUGCCUCGGGCGCGCGCAGGCCCCGCUCAUCGCCGGGCGCGCGGAGGAGGAGCCGCCUCAGGAAGAGGAACAAACUCCCUCCCUCCCUCUCUCGGAGAAAGGAGAAGGAUCCCAUCCGAGCGCCCCCUGGCCAGGGCCGUACUGCACCCUCCUGGGAGGAGUGACUGGUGGAAUGGUGCUGAGUGGAUCAGUCCCUUCUCUGCGCUGCCCGUCCUGAGCUCCAGCGGCGCUGGAAGUCACUGUGCAGGUGAUGCUGCCCCGACAUUUCAUUCUGGGCCCGAGUGAGAAAGAGAAGGGUUAACGGGGCCGGGCACCAGCCACUGGCCUGCACCAUGAGCCGCUCCCAGGUUUCCUCCGGGAUUCACCACAUCGUCUCCUCUGCCUUCGAGAGCCCGGAGUCGGACGCCCUGGGCCCCGGCUCGCCCGCGCCGGCGGAGGACGAGGAGACUGACCUGAACAAGACGCUGGGGGUGGAGCGCUUCGAGGAGAUCCUGCACGACUCGCACCCGCGCAACGGGGAGGAGGCCGGCCGCAGCUACGGCGAGGAGGAUUUCGAGUAUCACCGCCAGUCGUCCCACCACAUCCACCACCCCCUCUCCACGCACCUGCCCCCCGACGCCCGCAGGAAGAAGGGGGGGCAGAAGGGCAAGAAGAAGCGGCGCCGGGCGUCCAUUCCAGGAGAGACCCCCACCAUCGAGGAGGCGGAGGAGGAUGAGGAUGAGACCUGCGACACGGAGCCAGAGCGGUCGGCCGAGGACCUGCCCGGGGGGAUCCAGUUCUUCUUGCAGGAGGACGAGGCUGCCGAGCGCUGCCCAGCGGAGCCCACGACCCCAACGUCUCUGCCAAGCUCCCCCAUGGAGCUGGGGGGGGCUGCAGCUACGGACCCCAAGGGGGCCGGCCCCAGGGCCGAGGAGGAGCGUGGGACCGAUGGGCCCAGUGCAGACGAGCCCAGCUGCCCAGGCCGCCCUGUUCCCAAGUCCCAGCCGGGGCACCGGAGCUACAACCUGAACGAGAGGCGGCGCAUCGGCAGCAUGACAGGGGUGGAACAGGCCCAGUACCAGAAGGUGCCCACGGACGAAUCGGAGGCCCAGACGCUGGCCUCGGCUGACCUGGACUACAUGAAGAGCCACAGGUUCGAGGACGUGCCCGGGGUCCGACGGCACCUGGUCCGCAAGAGCGCCAAGGGCCAAGUCGUGCACGUCAGCAAAGACUACACGGAGCCGAGUGCCCGGCUCAGGAAACACAACCGGCAGCCGCACGAGGUCUUUGUGGAGCUGAACGAGCUGGUGGUGGACAAGAACCAGGAGCUGCAGUGGAAGGAGACGGCGCGCUGGAUCAAGUUUGAGGAGGACGUGGAGGAGGAGACCGAUCGCUGGGGGAAGCCCCAUGUGGCCUCCCUGAGCUUCCGCAGCCUGCUGGAGCUGCGCAAGACCCUCUCCCAUGGGGCCGUGCUGCUGGACCUGGACCAGAAGACGCUGCCGGGGGUGGCGCACCAGGUGGUGGAGCAGAUGAUCAUCUCGGACCAGAUCCGGGCCGAGGACCGUGCCAACGUGCUGCGGGCACUGCUGCUAAAGCACAGCCACCCGAGCGACGAGAAGGAUUUCUUCCCCCGCAACAUCUCAGCCGGCAGCCUGGGCUCCCUGCUGGUGCAUCACCACAGCGCCAACCAUGUGGGCGAGGGUGGCGAGCCCACCGUCACCGAGCCCCUCAUCGGCACCCACACUGCCGAACAUGAGGCCAGGGUCGAGGUGGAGCGGGAGCGAGAGAGCCUGAGCUCGGCACCCCCAGCUGGCAUCACGAGGUCGAAGUCGAAGCACGAGCUGAAGCUGCUGGAGAAGAUCCCGGACAACGCGGAGGCCACGGUGGUGCUUGUGGGCUGCGUGGAGUUCCUGGACCAGCCCACCAUGGCCUUCGUGCGGCUGCAGGCGGCCGUGGAGCUGGACUCGGUGCUGGAGGUGCCCAUCCCCGUCCGCUUCCUCUUCGUGCUGCUGGGGCCCAGCAGUGCCAACAUGGACUACCACGAGAUCGGGCGCUCCAUCUCCACCCUCAUGUCUGACAAGCAAUUCCACGAGGCAGCAUAUCUGGCUGACGACCGGCACGACCUGCUCGGCGCCAUCAAUGAGUUCCUGGACUGCAGCGUGGUGCUGCCCCCCUCCGAGGUGCAGGGCGAGGAGCUGCUGCGCACCGUGGCCCACUUCCAGCGCCAGAUGCUCCAGAAACGCGAGGAGCAGGAGCGCCGGCUGCUGCUGGGCUCCGCGCUGGAGCCCAAGUCAUCCGCUGAGAAAGCGCUGCUGAAGCUGAAGGUGGUGAAGGGGGAGGAUGAGGACGAGGACGAGGAUGACCCCCUGCGGCGCACGGGCCGGCCCUUCGGGGGGCUCGUCCGUGACGUGCGCCGGCGCUACCCCAAAUACCUGAGCGACUUCAGGGACAGCCUGAACCCCCAGUGCAUCGCCGCCAUCAUCUUCAUCUACUUCGCUGCGCUCUCGCCGGCCAUCACCUUCGGGGGGCUGCUGGGGGAGAAGACCCAGGACCUGAUCGGGGUGUCGGAGCUGAUCAUCUCCACGGCCGUGCAGGGCAUCGUCUUCUGCCUGCUGGGCGCCCAGCCACUGCUCAUCAUCGGCUUCUCCGGGCCCCUGCUCGUCUUCGAAGAAGCUUUUUUCACAUUCUGCACGACCAACGGGCUGGAGUACCUGGUGGGGCGCGUGUGGAUCGGCUUCUGGCUCAUCCUCAUCGUGCUGGUGAUGGUGGCCGUGGAGGGCAGCAUCCUGGUGCGCUUCGUGUCCCGCUUCACCCAGGAGAUCUUCGCCUUCCUCAUCUCCCUCAUCUUCAUCUACGAGACCUUCUCCAAGCUGGCCAAGAUCCGUCGGGUGAUCGGGGACUUCGGGGUGCCCAUCGCCAUCCUCAUCAUGGUGCUGGUGGAUUUCAGUAUCCGGGACACGUACACGCAGGGCUCCGGUGCCCCCAGGCUGAUCAUCAGUAAGAAGGAGCGCAGGCUGCAGAAGGGCUCCGGCUUCCACCUCGAUCUGCUGCUCAUUGUGGCCAUGGGCGGCUUCUGCGCCCUCUUCGGGCUGCCCUGGCUGGCGGCCGCCACGGUGCGCUCGGUGACCCACGCCAACGCCCUGACCGUCAUGAGCAAGGCCGUGGCCCCCGGCGACAAGCCCAAGAUCCAGGAGGUGAAGGAGCAGCGCGUCACGGGGCUGCUGGUGGCCCUGCUCGUGGGCCUGUCCAUCGUCAUCGGGGACCUGCUGCGGCACAUCCCCCUGGCCGUGCUCUUCGGGAUCUUCCUCUACAUGGGCGUCACCUCGCUGAACGGGAUCCAGUUCUACGAGCGCCUUCACCUGCUGCUCAUGCCCCCCAAGCACCACCCCGACGUCACCUACGUCAAAAAGGUCUCGCCGGCCCAGGGCUCAGAGGCGGUGGGGGUCUCCUGGCAGCGCCGGCCCAGGGCUCAGAGGCGGUGGAGUCUCCUGGCAGCGCCGGCCCAGGGCUCAGAGGCGGUGGGGUCUCCUGGCAGCGCUGGCCCAGGGCUGAGGCGGUGGGGUCUCCUGGCAGCUCUGGCCCAGGGCUCAGAGGCGGUGGGGUCUCCUGGCAGCGCCGGCCCAGGGCUCAGAGGCGGUGGGGUCUCCUGGCAGCGCUGGCCCAGGGCUCAGAGGCGGUGGGGUCUCCUGGCAGCGCCGGGGCUGCCUCCUCCCCGGCUCCCCGCCCACCCGCCACGUUUGCGCGUCUCUCCCCAGCUGGACGCGGAGGAGGCGGAGCCGAUCUUCGACGAGCGGGAAGGGGUGGACGAGUACAACGAGAUGCCGAUGCCCGUGUGAGGGGUGCCAGCGAGUGACCCUGUGCAGGGCUGCGGGGCACAGGCAGGCCCCCGGCUGCUGCGCCAGGAGCUGCAGCAGCAUCGCCCGGACCUGCGCCAUCUCCAGCACCGUGGCCGCUUGGACUGUGCCCAGCACUCCCCCAGUGCCUGUGCCACGGUAGCCAUGAGACGCUCACGUCUCACCCCACGGCCCGGGCUGCAGCGCCCUGCCCUGCGGGGGGGCAGGGAGUGGGGCCCAGGGGCUGGCGCGGGAGCAACUGGGCCGUGCCGCCUGCCCCCAGCAACUGCCGUCCGAACUGUAUCGUGUGCUGGAACCUGCUCCCGCCACAUCCUGUGUGCCCCCGGCGGGGUGGGGGGCUGCACGAACGGACCUCCCUGCUCCAGCCCUGCCCCACCAGCCCCGGGCCCCACCCAGACAAUCAGGUGUUUACUAAAUUCCAUGGGGUUUUAUUUAAGAGAAUAAUUUAACUGUCAAUAAACAGCUUUCUAAAGAA